AUGACUUCACCAAAGGCUGACGACACAAAGAUGCAGGACCCGGAGUGCAAUCACUUUGAGACAGCAAAGACUGGUACCGGGAUUGCAACUGUCGGUGCUGGGACUGGUGAAGACAUCAUCAACGCAGAAAGGCAGCUCUCGGUCCUUCAGAAUGCAAAAAGACAUUGGCGAGCUCUGCUCAUAGCCUUUUCCGCCGGCAUCGUAUUCGCCUACGACACAGUCACCAAUGGAGCCUCGAUCUCGAUGCCCUCGUUUCUACUAUACUUUGGCGAAAUCGGACCGACAGGACCCUAUCUCCCUUCCAUAUGGACCUCGUUGUGGACUGCAAUGUCUUCACUUACGCAGGCCCUUGGUGCCAUUUUGGUUGGCUUCGUUUCUGAUCGAUAUGGGCGAAAGUGGCCAUCCUGCGCUGCAGCUAUUUUGACUUUAGUCGGCGCUGCGGUGCAGUAUAUCGCUGUGCCGCGUGCAACUUUAAUGGGUGGUAAGAUGAUUUCGGGUCUGGGUAUUGGUGCUGUGAUGGCAACCGCUACGACGUACAUCGGUGAAGUGUCGCCUCUGAAACUUCGCGCCCCCUUACAGACCUGUUUCGUUAUCUUUGUUCUUCUCACUCAGGGUCUGGCAUUGGGCGUGAUCCGUAUAUUCGUUCCUGAUAUUCGAGAGCAAGCGUUCAGGACGGUCAUUGCUAUCCAGUGGGCCGUUGGUGGCUUAGCUGUUAUCACCUGGGCUGUGGCACCAGAGUCCCCUAUUUGGUUGAUCAAGAAGGGCAAAAUUGAAGCUGCGCGACAGGUCAUGCAUACGAUCUACGGUCCGAACCACCCCGAUGAGCGCCUCGAGUAUGAGAUACAAGCUAUCCGCGCGGAACAAGAACUCGAAAUGAACAACAACGCUACAUACGCAGCAUGUCUUCAGGGCCAUAACCGGAAGAGGUCUUUGACCGUCGCGUUUCUUUACUCGACAGCCAACAUUGGCGGCGCCCCCUUUCUAGCUCAGAACAUCUACUUCCUCAUUACUGCCGGUCUUGAGGCCGUUCACUCUUUCGACAUUGGUAUCGGCGGCUUCGCUUUUGCUGUGCUGAUUAUAAUGGCUAGUGGAGCAUAUCUGCAGCGUAUUAGUCGGCGAAACGUCGUGCUGCUAGGCCUCGUGAUCAACCUUCUUUUCAUGGUUAUCAUUGGCACGCUUUACUGGGCCACAAACAAGGGUGGCCUUUGGGCAAUCGCCGUUUUGAUGAACCUACUCAUCUCCCUACAGUCGGCGUUCCUGCAAGGCGCUGGUUGGCCUAUCGCCGCCGAGAUCCCAUCGUACGCGCUUCGUGCCAAAACUCUGUCUAUCGGCAUUUGCGCGCAGACCUUCACGACUUGGCUGUUCAACUUCAUCACCCCUUACAUGUAUAACGUUGACUCCGGCAACCUCGGAGCCCGCACCGGGUUCAUCUACGCUGGAACAUCCGUGUUCUUGCUGGCAGGGGCAUGGUUUCUUGUCCCAGAUACCACGGGGAUGACGACGGAGGAAAUUGACAAGGCUUAUGAGUCUGAACUGACGCCCAGGAGGUUUCAAAAGCACGCUAUUCCGGCUCACAUGGGCCAUGAUGGCAAGUCGUUGCGAGAUACUUGA